UGUCAUUAGCGAGCUCAUUCUUUCUCGAAAUGUUACUGUGCGUUUGGGUGGACUUUUGCAACUUUUGUUUACCGUUUUGUAGGUUCGUAAUCCAAUUAUGAGAGUUUGGUGGUCAUUCUUUUGAAGGCACACAUUAAGAAGGGGUUUAUAUUGUAAUGGAGCUGUUGAUGUGGAUAUGGCAGGUGACCUGCCUGGCACUCAUUGCAUCUGUGGUGGAUGUGGUUUUGGCACAGAUCCGUUACACAAUCCUAGAGGAACUGGAGCAUGGGGCUUUUGUUGGAAAUAUUGCGGAGGAUCUGGGACUAGACACCAACAAACUCUCUAUUCGCAGAUUUAGAAUAGUGUCGGGUGCGAAAAGGCAAUAUUUAGAGGUCAAUUUAGAAAACGGCGUCUUAUUUGUGAACGAGAGAAUUGAUCGAGAAGAGUUGUGCGAACACAAUCCAUAUUGUUCAUUUCAUCUCCAGGUUGUUACCGAAAAUCCUUUAGAACUGUACAGGGUAGAGGUUGAAAUACUGGAUGUCAAUGACAACUCUCCCGUUUUUCCCUGGAGUGAAUUUAACCUGGAUAUCUCCGAAUCGGCCGUGGCUGGAUCCCGCUUCCCGCUGGAAAGCGCGCAGGAUUUGGACAUCGGUGACAACUCUCUUCGCUCAUAUCUGCUAAGCGUAAACGAACACUUUGUCCUUGACGUUCAGACGCGCAGCGACGGCAGUAAAUUCGCCGAGCUGAUUCUCGAGAGUCAGUUAGACCGGGAGCAGCAGAAGACGCAUCUGAUGGUUCUCACAGCGGUGGACGGGGGCUCGCCGGAGAGGUCAGGGACUGCGCAAAUCAACAUAACGGUUCUGGACGCAAAUGACAACGCGCCAGUGUUCGACCAGAACUUCUAUAAUGUGAGGCUGGCUGAAAACGCACCGCGCGGCACAGUGGUUAUAAAACUAAAUGCAACAGAUCUCGAUGAAGGAUCCAAUGGGGAGAUCACAUACUCUUUUAGUGGGCACGCUCCAAUGAGAGUGCGUGAGCUGUUCAGUGUGGAUCCACGCACGGGAGAAAUCAAAGUGAAAGGUCUCGUAGAUUAUGAAAAGGCACGAAUGCAUGAGAUAUACGUACAAGCUAAGGACAAGGGGCCUUCUGCAGUGGCGGUACACUGCAAAGUUAUGGUCAAUAUCCUAGACGUCAACGACAAUCUUCCUGAAGUGAUCCUUACCUCAGUGUCCACACCUGUCCAAGAGGAUGCGCCCCCUGGCACUGUUAUAGCAGUUAUUAGCGUUAUGGAUAAGGAUGCUGGGGAAAAUGGAAACGUUGACUGUGAGAUUCCUCAUCAUGUUCCCUUUCAGCUACAUUCUUCUUUUAAAAACUAUUACACAUUGGUUACUUGUGAUUUUCUAGACAGGGAGUCUAUUUCUGAGUAUAACAUUACUCUCACAGCCCGUGAUAUGGGAUCACCGCCUCUUUUCACCAGGAAAACUAUCUUGGUGCAAGUAUCUGAUAUCAAUGACAAUGCGCCACGAUUCAAACAGCCGUCCUACACCGUCUACCUGACCGAAAACAACGCCCCCGGUGCCUCAAUUUGCACCAUCACAGCACAAGAUGCAGAUGCGGAGCAGAAUUCCUACUUGUCAUACUCUAUUUUGGAAAAGGAAAUCUAUGGGAUGCCCGUAUCCACGUUUGUGUCCAUCAAUUCAGACAAUGGCAACAUUUACGCACUGCGCUCUUUCGACCACGAGCAGCUCAGAAACUUUCAGAUCGUGGUUCAAGCCGAAGAUGCCGGUUUUCCACCUCUGAGCACGAACGUAAAAGUAAAUGUGUUUGUUUUGGACCAGAAUGACAACCCGCCAGUCGUUGUAUCUCCCAUGCCCGAGAAUGAUACAGCAGCAUCAGUUAUAGCUGUGCCCAGAUAUGCCGAAGCUGGAUACCUAGUGGCUAAAAUCACUGCCAUGGACGCAGAUGCCGGGCAGAAUUCGCGUCUCUUUUAUGAAGUCCUCCAAGCUACAGAUCUGACUUUGUUCAGUGUCGCUCUGUACACUGGAGAGAUCAGGGCGAUUCGCCGGCUGGUGGACAACGACCCCACGAGGCAGAGGCUGGUCGUUUUGGUCAAGGACAACGGUCAGCCACCCCUCUCGGCCACGGCUUCCAUCAUUUUGUCAGUUGUUGACAACGUGCCGGAAUCCUUGCCGGAUUUCGGCGACCUCGCACUCAGCCUCCAGGACCGGUCAAACCUUACGCUGUAUUUAAUAGUGUCUCUGGGCACAGUUUCAUUCACGUUUCUCUUGGCUAUUAUCGUCCUGGCUACAAUAAAGGGAUACAGGGACAGAAAUUCCAUUUGUGAUUAUGCGUCUUUCAGCUCAUGCUGUGGAUUCCGUUCUAAAGGAUCUGCCAGUGAUGUCAUUAUAAAGUCUAACCUGAACAUGCACAUAUCGUCAGGAUCUAAGGGAUCCACACACUGCGUGGAAGUUAACGAGAACAACCCAAUCGGUCAGAACUACUGCUAUAAAAUGUGUUUAACUCCAGAGUCAUCUAAAUGUGACUUCAUGUUCCUCAAGCCAUGCAGCCCGACGGGAACAGCUUCUCGAAAUAACAUCAAGGAAGUCGAAAACAAGACUUUGACCUGGAGCCCAGCUAGCCACAGUCUCGGCGCAAAGAACGGGACGACAUCUCCAAACGAGCUCAAACAAGGCAACAAAAACCGGACCCUGGCCAAGAACCAGCUCAAUUAUACACAUAAAAGCCAUACUCCAAUAAACACAGGUAGGACACUGCAGCGCAGACUGAUGCAGGACUCGGACAACUAUGCUUACCCAUCCGUUCCACAAUACUGGACUUGGGGGAAUCACAUGCAUGAUUAUAAGACCUCGCCUAAGGUUGGGGGCUUUUCAAAUCACUCAUGGACCUGUUACAACCAACAUGAUUCAGUUCAGCCUUCACCAGACUAUCAACAUAAUGUUUACAUUCCCGGAACACCAUCAACACUCUGUACACUCAAACUGGCAAAUAAUGGGGACCUUGAAGUGUACAACUCAUUCUCAACUUUUGGAAAAAAGAAAAAGCUAAUGCCAAACAAUAACUGCCAAGAAGACGCAGUAAUAACCAAUGAUUUUUUCAAAUGAAUUUUUCACCUGUAUUUUUCACCUGCAUGCUACUUUCUGUGUAUAAGUUUAAUUAUGUUGUGGAUGUUUGUAGUUUAAAUAUACAUGCUGCCUGAUUUGCUUUCACAAAUGUCACAACAAGAAAAGUACUUUGAUGAUACGUUUUGUAUACUCAUUGUUAUUUAGAUAUCUCCCAACUUCGAAUUCUUCAAGUAUUUAACAGGUGGUUGCUUUAACUGUAAAGACCCAUAUUGGCGAGUAUCUUACAUUUUUAUAUCCUCUUGUUUACUUCAUGUACAAAAAAGUUUUUGAAUAAAGCAUAUUAUUAGAAAUUAUGUAAUGGGUCUGGUCUUUCUUUGUCAGAAUAGAAUACUUAUAGUUCGCAUGGCGUAGUCAGGAUAUGCCUCUGUCCGUGGUGCUGAACUCGCUUUUUGUUGGAUGAC